UGUUUUGUUUACUUUUAUAAAAAAAUGAUCUGUGCAGCAAAAUACAAUAUUUUUAACAAUGAAAAGUUUUAAACUUUCAAGUCUUGCUUUAAAAUAUUAUAAGAGCAAUGAACUACCCAUUCAAAAAAUGAAAAAUUUAAUUUUGUUUACAGGUCAGAGUAAAAUUGUGAUAGUAAGGUACGGUAUAAGCACAUAAUAGGUACCAAAUUUGCCCUCUACGUACGGUACGGUAGGCCUACCGUAAAAACUGCGCUCCAUAUACUCCAUUAUAAUUUUAGGUUGAAUAAUGAAUGCAAACCAAGAAAAAAUUGAUUUACAAGUUUGUGGCAAUCAGCUCACGGAGGCUGUUUGCAGUAUUUUCCAUACAAUUCUGCUUAACAGAUCGGUUGGAAAAUUUAGCUUCAACGAGGAUGGGACGAAAUCAGUGGGAACAGUCGGCUACAGAGACGUGGAUUGCAACUUUGUUGACUUGACAUAUGUAGCGUGUUCGUCAGAUGUUCUGGACGAACAUAUCCGCGCACCAAUUCGCGAGUUCUCCGAACAACUGAGAAGUUGCGAUGCCACGUCAAGUAAACCUAAUGGCCAAAUAUCACUGCAGUUCUAUCAGAAACGAAAAUCCCGUUGGAAAUCAACAGCUGCUGUUCCAUGGGAGAUCUGGAACCUUGACGUGGAACUUAUCAAAGUGAACAAUCAGUUUGAAGUAGAGAGGAAUCGUGAAGAAAUCGGCCAGGUGUUGUCGGAAAAACUUUUUAUCGUGAUAGAAGCACUUGACAAGCACAUUUAUAUCCCGGAUAAUGUAAGUUCGGACAAUCUUGACACAAUCUUUGAAACUUCAUUUCCGGACAUUCAGCCGUACCUUUUUGAAAUUAUGUACGUUACACCCAACAGCAAUACAUUUUUUAAUAACACUAAGCAACAGAUAUUCAAUUUCCUACACAAAUCAGUAUUUUUGUAAAGACGUUUGCAAGACUUCCAAAUUAUUUGUGAAUCACAUCAAAAUUUCAUCUUCUAAGUAGAAGAAAAUACUCGUAAAUAAAAUUGAGAAGUGCAAGUAUAAAAGUAAACGACGGUACAAAUUUUCCUAGCAAUUGACAAAUACUCAUUAUCAAUUACUGCUUUUGUGUUUCAUUAUAAUAUACGAGGUGUGGUUAUAAAAUAACCUGAUUAUGCUGCUAAACAUUUUGUUUUGAAUUAGUUCCAUAAGGUAGGUUUACACUCUGAACACCCGCCAAGUCUACCGAUAGAUAACCAUAUGCUGUUCCUGGAUAGUUAAGCCACUACCAUCUAAAUUUACAAAUUUGUAAAUCUAGGUGGUAGUGGUUAAGUUCGAUCCUGAUAAUGAGUGGGACAAGGAAGCAAGUCAGGAUGUCUUCAGCUUGGCUUUUUGCUUUGGCGGACCGUUGCUCCCUGUGUUGGCUAGUUAGUUGGCGAUUGAUAGGAACAUUACUCUCGGUUCACUCUUCUGGUCGGUUGCUUGGUGUGACAAAGUUGAGAUGCCUGAAAGAUAGUGAGUCUUGGUAUGACUGGCCUAGCUGCAGCUAGUAGGUUUCUCAUGAGGGGAUAGGAAGGUCAUGUUACAGUUCAACAAGUGCUUCAAAAGGGUAACAGUGGUCGCAGUCUGGAGACCACUCCCACAGGAUAAAGAUUUAAAGAGUAUGAGCAUAGCAGUGAAAGGACUGAUAUGAUAGGAUAGGAGAAAAAUUUAUUAGGAAAGAGAAUGCUAACACACAUCAUCUUAUAUAGCCAAUGGCUAUGCUAAGAAGUAGUUAAGAUGUAAGGGGAUAUUGCCUGUGAAGGCUUACGUUCACAUAUUGCGCAGUGUGUACUUUUCUGAUGAUGAUGUGUUUACUGAUAGUCAUGCAUUUUUUUAGCAUUUCAGCUUGUUACAAAUCCCCUUGGUGACACCCCAUUCCUUGUAAGGGGUGGAGGGUAUAAGAAGAGGAGUUUUCCAACCCCUGUGGCACCACCUUGAAAGGUGUGAUACAGUCUGCCAAUUGUUGGCAUCACCUUUAUAGAUGUGAGCCAUGAACACUACCUUGGGUCACUGAUUGUUCCCAAAAUUGUCCUCUCAAAUUACAACUUACUUAGUUUUCCUGUGAGCCGUUCUUAUUUCCUGGAGGAGACAACCUGUCCACUAUUCCUUCUUCUUUGUGCUAACUUUGUUUGCAGCGAAUUGGUUUGCUUAGAAAGACAGGUGGAAAGGCUUCCAUUUAUACACUAGUUGUUGGAAACAACUUAUUCCACAAGUUGGAAACCAUCUUGAACGGCUGUCUCUAUAGGCUAUAACACCAAGUUGUCAUCACAACUUUACAUACCUAUUUGGUACAGUGAUUUUAAUCGCUUAUCAUAUGUUAUUUUUCUGAUGGUGUAGUUAGCUCCAUGGUGUGUGUCAUUCCCCCCUUCCCUUCCUAAAGAGCUCUUUUUGGUGCUUCAUUUGUGUAAAGUUUUCAAUUUGCCAUUGAAGUGUUCCAGUAAUUCUUGACACUCAAUGUCUUCUUUGGUAUCCCUGGUUCUUUGGUUUUGAUUAGUUGAGAUGGAUCCUAGGUUUUUGCGAAUGUUUAAUCUCUCAACUGCUUUGCACACUCCAAUUGGUUUAAGAUCAGAGGAUCACUAUAGAGCUGACAAUUGCAAAUGGACGUCCAUUGAUUUAAAACACCACAAUAUAUCGGUUUCCAGGUUUUGAUCUUGGGAGAAACCAAUUAGGUCACUUUUGAUGGUUUCCAAUGAGUGAUAUGCAUUCCAUGUGUCCCCCAUCUGUCAAUACAGGACAUAUUAUGUUCUGGACGAAUUAUCAUAAAAUGUUCUGGACGCAGAAUAUAUCUGCACUUCACGAGAUCUCUGAAUAACUCAGAACUGGUGAUGCCACAUUAAGUAAAUUCGAUGGCCAAAUCUCACAGCAAUUCGACCAGAAACGAAAAUCCUGUUGUAAAUCAACAGCAGCUCUUUCAUGGGAGAUCUGGAACCUUGAGGUAGAACUCAUCAAACUGAAGUUAACUUCUAUUAUUAUUAUUAUUUUUGAAGGGACGGAUUCAAGGAUCCAAAGAUUCAAAGAACCUCACACGUCAACCGAAGCUUAUUGUGUUCCCAAGUAGUAUGUUAGUUAGGCAA